UCGGGCGGUUAGCUCGCAACCCCGAUGGCGUGCGAGCGAAUUGCGGAAAACGUUUCGUUUCAUUGACUGCACGAGAAAGACGAGAUAUUUCGCGUUCAACAAAAAUCCUGAAUUGUAAUUUUCUGCCCAAAAAGAUCGGUUGGGGGGGCGGGGAUUGUUUGACGCGCCGCUAGGGGGAGCCCGGACAAUCUGCGUCUCUUUCUCUGGGGUUCAUUAGCAUCCAUGAGGCCAGGUGUGGAGGGCGCCGGCAGACUUCUUUGUCUUUUAUUAGCUUUGCUCAUAUUUGCAUGGUUUGAACCGAUUCAAAGUAUUUGAAUGUCAUUCUCGCGAAUGACGUCUUUUGUUGUCGCGUUGUUUUAGAAACGCUCGGUGACUCGACGCGCGGCAGAAGCCAAAGCAAAUAACCUUUGAACAUCAUUUGAUGAGCAAUUAAUAAAAUAAGACUUUGGAAUCUGUGUGAGGGUGAGCCGGGGGCGGGGGCGGCCUUAAAAGCCCCCCGACGCCAGGCGGGGCCCUGACUCUGCCCUGUGCAGACGGAGAGCAGAAAACGACGACCUUAAGAUGGCCACGACGACGACGACGACGAUGAUGAUGAUGACGCUGGCGACGAUGACGGCCGCGACGACCUACGUACCCCCGCAGUUUUUGGACGCCUGCGACGACGCUUACAAGCCCCUCCCCGCCAAGCACCUGGAUCAGGUGUUGGGCGAGUGGCGUCUGGAUUGGGGCGCCGCCGAGUUCCUGCAGAUUUCCAAUCUGGCCAGCUCGCACGUGAGUCUGCACCCCAAACGGGAGAUCCUGCGCUUGCUGGAGAGGAACAAGUACCGCGAUAAUUCAUGCGUGACGUACUCCUUGAACCUGACUGCUCCCGCCGACCCCGCCGCCGCGGACCCUUUGGUCUUGGAGGCCGUCCUUGACAGAGCGAUGAGCAACGGUUCGCUGUUGCCGAUCAACGCUUCCUUCAAGCUGCAUUUCUACGAGAGGUCGUCGGAGGCCAUGUUGAUGUUUGUUGAGGCUGGCGAGAUGGGUCGCUUCCUGCUCAGCUACACGAGAGUCGGCCAUCGGGUGGAUUCGUCCCAGUUGCAAGUUGAACGCGUGAAGCUGGCGAGAACGGUCCAGUGCUCGUCCUUCGUCCCCAGGCAACCGUUCAUCGACGACGGCGCGGCAGAAUUCUGCGCGGCGGACUCGACUCUGGAGCAGUGACGAAUACCAAAAUAAAACGACAGUUGUGUGGAUGCAUGAUCGCGUCAACUUUAUUCAAAGAAACAUAAACGGGUACAAAAGGAGCCAUCGUGGGGCUCAUUCAAUACUCCGUCAGGCACGAGGACGAGACGCCGGCAC